CACACACUGCCAUCCUUUCUCCUUUCUGCAGUCCCUUGACACACCUCCACACACAUGCAUACACCAGCAGUCGUUGCCCUGAAGAACUCUUGGCACCUUCAUGCAAUCCAGCCCUCCCUCUGAAUUCCAUGUCCAGUGAAGAUUAGCUGGUGUUGGAGGCUUCAGUGCUCUUCUCAGGUUAUGGGCGUUCAAGAAGCACACACAAAACCAUCGCCUUCUUCAGUGCUGCAUUGUUAAGGAGAUUCAGAUUUCUGGAGAAGCAUAAGAGUGGGUGUUCCUUGAAUUCCAUCUCAAACCUCAUUCUGCCUUGUUUCUCUUCUGCCUUGUUUUCCUUCUGUCCCUUGUCUUUAGCCUUUCUUUCUCUGUCUCCUACUCCCAUAGCCUGUUAUGGAAUCCUCCCAGAUCACUGGGGAUGAUGGCGAAGAGUGCAACAGUAAUGAAUCCGGCUGGACAAUAUACCUGGCCUCCCCCACAAGUAGCGAUGAUGCAAAAGAGAAUGCCAGUGGAGGAAGUAAUGUUGAAGAUGGCAGUGGCUACAUCAGUGAGAGGAGGAAAGGGAAAGAAGCAACCAAUGCAGAUGAUGACGCAGAUUAUGAUUCCCUGGCAUCUGAUGCUUCCACAGGGCCAGCUCAAGUGAAGGUGCUUGAAGGCAAAGAAGAAAAAGAUAAUCACAAAAAUGAUGGUUGUAGCAAUGAACAUGGCAAGGAUGAAAAAGAUGAGAUACUUACCAAACUCUCCAACAGCAGCAACAGAAAGGCGGGAAAGAUGAAGAAAGGGGAUGAGAAAAACAGCAGAAGAGGGCACAAUAGAAGACGUAGCUCAUCAAGAACAAGCUUCUUUUGGUAACUGAUGUAAAGUCCUUGCUCAUCCAUUUUCUUUCUUAUCAAGCUAGAAUCCAUGUUAGAGGCAAGGGGAAUUGAAGGCCUUGUGAUGGUCCCUGCUAUUGCCUUCUAAGGUUUUCUCCAUUUGUUAACCACUCCAUAGGUUAGUUGUUACUAUGCAAAUCUGUCAACCUUUCAUUAUUAUUCAUUUAUUCAAUGCCACAUAACAUUGCAUGUU